AUGCAAAAGGCUGGCGCGCCCCCGUUCGUCCUGAACAUGAACCAGUACGCCACCAAGAAGACGGCAGCAGAGGGCAUGCUGGACGUUGCUCUGUUUCUGGCCAACAUCACCCACAUGAAGACGGUCAUCGAGCAGGGAGCAGGCUACAGGUACUACGCUGCAGUCCUGACCCUCAUCUCCUUCUCCUUGGCUCUGCAGAUAAUAGCUGGUGUCCUUAUUGUCAUCAUUGCUCGCUGUGAACUCAGGCUCCUCCCCUCGUACCAGCGCCUGCUUAACUUCCUCAACAACCUCCUCACAGGCCUCAUAGUCCUCACCAUGAUCGUCAACAUCGUCAAGUCUGCUUUCGGCACACAACGCAGCUGGUUACUGGGGUGGCUCUUCCAGCCCCGCAGGGAUCUGAAUGUGCUGUCCAAUCAGAGGAGACUGGAUUACCUCAACAACAUGGCCACCAGCUUCAUCUUCGCCACCACCGUCACCAAUUUCUUCAUCAGCUUCUUCGGCUCCAAGAGAACGGGCUUUUUCCGCUGGCUGCUGGCCCGCCUUCACUUCUGA